UACAAAGACAUUAAAUCUGUUCUUGAUGUUAAGUACGGUUUCCAAAUAAGUGAAAGACAUUUGAAGCGAGUGCUGAACCAAAGAGGACUAUUUCGUCGGAAAACGUUCAAUGACUUGGCAGUCCUGGUUGACUUCAUUCGCAACCAAUUGCAGCAUUCCGGACAACUACACGGUUACAGGUGGAUGCACAGUAAGUGCAGAGAAUAUGGACUUAUUGUCAGGAAAGAGGACGUUCGUCUGGUCCUGAAAGAGUUGGAUCCGAGAGGAGUGUCGUUAAGGCAAGCAAGACGUCUGAGACGGCGAAACUACUUCUCCAAAGGGCCAAAUUUUAUAUGGCACAUGGACUCCUAUGACAAACUGAAACCAUUUGGAAUUUGUAUCAAUGGGGCUAUUGAUGGGUUUUCAAGGAAAAUAAUGUGGCUCAAUACCUACAUAACAAGUAGUGACCCGAAGGUGAUUGGGGGUUACUACAUCGACGUUGUGCACCGUUUGGGGGGUUGUCCUCGAAUCGUUCGAGCUGAUCUUGGGACUGAAAAUGGUCACGUCAAAGGCUUUCAGCGUUUCCUCGUGCCAAUACCGCCAGGCAGCACUCUUGACAGUUACUUGGAUGGAGCCAGCACCGCCAAUCAAAGAAUUGAAUAUUGGUGGCGGUUUCUUCGCAGCCAGUGCAUGGAGUUCUGGUUAUCCCUCUUCACAGACCUCAGAGACAAUGGCUUCUUUGAUGGUGGAUUUCUGGACAAAAACAUCCUACAAUUUUGUUGCAUGGGACUUAUUCAGGAUGAGUUGGAUGACACGGCCCUAGUUUGGAACAGCCAUCUCAUCAGGCCCUCAAAGAACAUGAAUGUCCCCAGUGGUCGGCCCAACGUGAUGUAUACGUUACCUGAACUUUAUGGUACCAGGGACUUCCUCUCCCCCGUUGACAAUGAACAAGUUCAACUGUGCAAAAGCCAGUGUGUCUUUCGUUUGACCAUGCCUUGUGAUCCAGAUGUAUUUGCAUUGUGUGCUUUUUUUAAUGGCCCAGUCCGAUCUAAUGCCACCAAAAGAUCCAUUUCAGGCUGCGAACUUGUAUUUACACCUCAGAGAGGCCCUCACCGCUACUCUUUAAGAUAAGAAAACCUUUAUUAGACUCGCAAUGG